GACAAUUGCCAUCAAAUCUGUAACCUCUAGGCAGGGAGCUGGAACUUUGAAUUAUAUAACAAUAUCGGCGAAUUAAAAAGAAAGUGUAAUCAUGGCUGCGAAAAGAAUAGUAAAAAGUUCUAUAAAUUGGGCUCAACUUGCUGAAAGAGUACCAGAGCACCAACGCCCAAUUUAUCAGGCUUUCAAAGCUAAGUCUGAUAAUUAUUUGAGAAGGGUUUUAGCUUACCCAGAAAAUCCACCAGUAAUUGAUUGGUCCCUUUAUAAGUCAAAAGUUCCUGUACCAGGAAUGGUCGAAGAGUUCCAGAAACAGUAUAGUGCAUUGAAAAUACCCUACCCACCAGAUACUGUUUCUUCACAAAUUGAUGUUGUAGAAAAAGAAAUCAAGGCAGAUAUUGAGGCCUUCAAAAAGGAAUCAAAUGCAAAUAUUGCCCAAUAUCAAAAGGAAUUGGACCAUUUGAACAGCCUUAUUCCAUAUAGUGAAAUGACCAUGGAAGAUUUCAAAGAUGCUCACCCAGAUAUUGCAUUGGAUACAAUCAACAGACCAACUUUCUGGCCUCAUGAUGGUUCUGAUGAUGGAGAAUCUGAGAAAUCAGAGAAAGAUCAUCACUAACUGUCUCUAUAUGAAUUAGUAACAUAAUACAUAUUAUAUCAAUAGUAAAUGUUUCAUUCUACAAAGUCUUGAAAUAAACAAUUCUUCAUUCA